UUUCCUUGAUGUGUUCGGUAUCUGUCAGUUUCAGUAUAAGCACCCGUUUGGAUUUGCAAGAGUAUCGCGCAAAAGGAAUUAUAAAAACUGGCUAGAGUCUCAUUUCCGAUUGAUCUUUAGUGUUCUGCCAAAUUUUCUGUGUUUACUACGUAAGCAUAGAUGUAUAGCUGCUUCUGGCUAACGAAAGAAUUUGCUUCUGAAUCGCAUAAAUGGGUGGCCAAAAGUUCCAGUACGAUGAAAGUGGUGCAACGUUUUUUUAUUUUAUCCUCUCGUUUCUGGCUUUAAUACUGAUCCCAGCCACAUUUUAUUUCUGGCCUCGAAGGAAGAAGGAAGAUCCCGAACGGUACAAAGCGGAAUGCCAGUGCGAGUCAUGCAAACAGAAACGUAUAUUAAUCUCACAUUCCGACCCGUACAAGGGUGUGAAAGCAUUCGCCACGAAGGUGGCCAUCGUGGGAGGCUGGGCACUGCUCGCAUUUCUCACCUACAAGGUGUCCCAGUUUGAUUAUGAAAUGUCCAAUUUUGAUCCGUACGAAAUUCUGGGCGUGCCACUUGGCUCAUCGCAGAAAGAUAUUAAGAAAGCCUACCGCACCCUGUCGGUAAUUCUGCAUCCGGAUAAGGAAACCGGUGACGAAAAGGCUUUUAUGAAGCUCACGAAAGCCUAUCAGGCUCUUACGGACGAUGAAGCGCGGAAGAACUGGGAGAAGUACGGCAAUCCGGACGGUCCGGGAGCUACAUCGUUCGGCAUUGCGCUACCCUCGUGGAUCGUCGAAAAGGAAAAUUCCGUCUGGGUUCUGGGAUUGUACGCGUUGGUAUUCAUGGUGGCAUUGCCGACCGUGGUCGGAACCUGGUGGUACCGAUCGAUUCGGUACAGUGGCGACAAGGUGCUUCUGGAUACGACCCAGAUGUAUUUUUAUUUCUUCCACAAAACGCCCCACAUGGCACUGAAGCGAGUGGUGAUGAUUCUGGCGGCCAGUUUGGAGUUUGAUAAACGACACAAUACGCAGGUCGUGGAACGGCAAUCGGACAACGAGGAGGUGCCAAUGCUAAUCAAGCAGCUACCAAACCUGAACGAAAAAUGCAAAGAACUUCCGCUCUGUCGAAUGUAUUCAAUCAAAGCUCGUGCUAUUCUGCACGCCCAUCUCAGUCGUAUGCCGCUAAAUCCGCACACGCUUGACAAGGACCGUCAAUUUAUCGUGAAAAAAUGUCCCCAUCUUAUUCAGGAGAUGGUCAGCUGCGUCAACCAGUUGAUCAUGCUUGCCUACGCCAGGAGAAUCUCCAAAUUGCCUACCAUCGAAACAAUAGAAAACUGCAUGAAACUAUCCCCGAUGAUCAUACAAGGACUGUGGGAAUUCAAAAAUCCGCUGCUACAGCUUCCGCAUGUGACCGACGAUCAUCUGCGGUAUUUCGUAUCAAAAAAACGUCCCAUCCGAAAUUUACAACAAUUUGCUCAGCUUCCUCCGGACGAAAGUCGGGCCGUACUGCGCAGUUUAAGUGACUUUGAGUUCGAGAAUGUAAUGAAGGUCAUGGGAAAAAUGCCGUUGAUUGAUUUCAGUGUCAAGUGUGAAGUCGUAGAUGACGAGAACUCAAACGUGGUUACUGCGGGAGCUAUUGUGACUGUUACGGUGGAGUUGGUAAGACGUAGCAUGAGUGAACUGUUUGGUGAUGCAUUCGCCAAGGAGAAGCAGGGCAUUACCGAGGGUAACGAGGAAGGAGCUGAAGGAGCCGAGGAUGGGACUGAAGCGGUGCCGGCAAAGGAGGAAAAGGAAAACGCCAAAACCAAAAAGCCCGCCUGGCAACCUAAACCCAGUAAAGGUGGCCACAAGGGUAAAAGUAAAGGUGGUGCCAAUAAGACUAAGCAGCUGAAGCAAGCUGCAGCGGCGGCGGCAGCUGCCCAAGCACAGAAUCAGGCCUCCAAGGCAGAUAAGACUAAAGCAAACGGAAAGGUCCGUAAGGAUGAUUCAGACGCGGACAGCGGUGCCGAGAGUGACAACGAUGGCAGCUCAGAUGAGGAUAAGAAAUCGUCGGUGGAGGAUGACGAUGUUGAAUGGGAAAAAUUCCAGCAAAAAAUCAAUAAACGCGAAAAACUUGAGGGUAAAUCCAAAGUUUCCCACCCGGUGCACUGCCCACUGUUUCCCGAGGAAAAGUUCGAGUACUGGUGGACCUACAUCUGCGAUCGCAAAUCCCGAACACUGCUGACAGCUCCCUACCAGGUGACCAGUCUGGUGCACCACGAAGAAGUGCAUCUCAAGUUUACUGCGCCCAAGUGGCCCGGCGUGUACAAUUUCACCGUUUGUCUGCGGUCCGAUUCCUACCUGGGAAUGGACCAGCAAGUGGACCUGAAGCUGGACGUUAAGGAAGCGGCCGCGAUACCUACCGAGCACCCACAGUGGGACGUGAGUGAAUCCGAAUCGGACGCAAACGAGCAGCAGGCAAACGAGAGUGAAUUCACCACGGACUCGUCCGAUGCAGAAAAUGGCGAUGACUAGAGAAGCAACAUGUUGUUUGUGUACGUACCUAUGUGCGAGAGAAUAUGAGUUUUUGAUUUUUUGUUUUCGAGUUCAGCUCUUAAAAAUAAGCUCUACAACAAUUAGAAUGAUUGCUAGUGGUCAGAAAAGGACGAGAGUCACAAUUUCUUAUUCAAACUUACUUCAAUUAAACAUACAACGGUGUAAACAAAAGUCUACUGUGAACUUUUAGGAGAAAAAAAACAUAGGUAAAAGCAAACUAAUUUAAAGAAUGGUAGUUAUUUAGUGUACAAUUUUCACAAGUUCACACAUACACACAAUCACAGAAAGAAAUAUAUAAACAAUGGUGAACACCACAGAA